AUGCGGUUCGCUCUCUUGGCGUCUUUCCUGAUCCUGUCGUCGUGUGCUCAGGAUGAAGAUGAUCGUGACAAGGACAGAAAUGGACAAUUGAUAGAUGACAUCAGUGACGACGAUUUCCUGUUUGAAGACGAUGAUUUUCGCGGAGAACUAGAAGACGUUGAAGUUCCAAGCAACCAGUAUGGUGCGUCAAUCGGUGGACAUAGGAAGUUUUGGGGACAAAAAGCGGGAACAAAUCAAUUUCCUGAGAAGCGAAAGAAGAUGGGUUGGAAGGCGAUGAAGAAUUUCAGGAGAUUUUACAAAAAGGCUCCAGGUGCGUCAAUCGGUGGAUAUCGGAAGUUUUGGGGACAAAAAGCGGGAACAAAUCAAUUUCCUGAGAAGCGAAAGAAGAUGGGUUGGAAGGCGAUGAAGAAUGUCAGGAAAUUUUACAAAAAGGCCGCGAAAUCUCGAUCUCGAAGGGGAAGAAGAUCACUCCCAAUGUACAGGAGAUAUCCUCGAAAGAAAGUAGCCACCAUGAAUGCAAGGAAUACAGGUGAAGGAGAUAGAUUUACGUAUUUCAAAAGGAUGAAUUCGUAUAAGGAUGCGGUUCCGUAUGCGCAAUUCUCGCAUCAACGAUCUCGAACAAAUCGCAGACCGUGGAAAUCGCUUUCGUUAAAGAAGAAACCUAACCUGAAUCAAAAAGUAAGGAAGCACUACAUUUCCGUUGAAGAAAAAACUCCAAAAUCAAAAGGACAUAUUACAAAAAAGCCAAUGGUAUCGAAGGGUACGGAGACCAGACUAGAUGGAAACCGAUUUUUGGCGACAAUUACCGAAAAACCAAAAACGGUGAAAUCAAUCAUGGCGACUGCUGGGAAAAUUCAAAAAAAUUCUACCGAGAAAUCGCACUCACAAAGCUCUAAGAGCGAAAAGAACUCUCUGCCGUCAAAGUCGUCCUCGAAAAACGAGAAUUCCGGAGGAAAUUCUCCUGCGAUUGCGAGAAAGGACAAGGGCACAACGGGGAAGUUCCUCUCAAAACCGAAGGUACAGGAUGUCAGUGGAGAAAAACAAAAGCACAAAAAUUGA